UGCCAUGAACUGUCCGGCAGGCCGGCCGUGUGGCGCGCUGACUUGCGUCACACAACGCGUUGUUCUGCCUAAAGGGGACGCGCCUGUGCCCCUCAGGCCCGAAACGCGUCUUUCGGAUUCACGUUGACGCUGUAAUGCCGAGGGGAAGAUGGCGUGUCGGCCGGACAGCGGCACGAGGGCCCUGACUGGAUCCACCUCCCGCACAUGCUGCACGCGCCGCACGUCGCGUGGGCUUCCAGGCUCCCCCGAACACGUGGUGCAACGUCAGGCCGAGAGGACCCGCCCACAGCUGCUGGUGGAGCAUGUUUCCAAACAUUGGUCACAUGUGCCGAAGUUUUAUUGUCUGAUUAGGCUUCAUAAAAAGCCUGCAGCUACUUCAACCAGAGGAGACGGAUGCAGGGGAAGCUUCACUAGAGACACACGAGACGCAAUGAUGACUGCCAACAAGAUGGUGCUCGGGGACCCGGGGUCAGACGGUUCACACAAGUGCAGAGUUUCCUGCCUGGGCCCUUUGUCCUUCCACAGUCAAGCUUUGGGGACCCAGGUCAGUCUGAGCCAUCACAACUGCCUGGCGGAGAGGGCCGAGUCCACGUUCAAACAGGGCCUGGUGUUCAGCAGCCGCCCGCUGCGGGUCAGAGAGCGAGUUCGUCUGAGAGUGGCGAAGAGCUGCAAUGGCUGGCAUGGAGCCCUGCGCUUAGGGUUCACCACCACACCACCCACGGGCAGGCCUCUGCCCUCUCUGGUCAUCCCUGACCUCACAGACGUGCCUGGGCACUGGGCCGCUGCUAUACCCGAGGUCCACUGCGACCCAGGUUCCGAGCUGGAGUUCUGGGUUUCUCAUGGUGGUAACAUGUACGUCAAGUGGAACAACGGCACAAAAUACAAACUGCUGAAAGGAGUGGACCUGAGUCGACCACUGUGGGCCAUGAUAGACGUCUACGGACAGACGAGCUCCGUUCUUCUAUUGGGCUCAGCAAAAAAGGAAAUGCUUCAAAUCAGAAGGUCCUGUCCUGUACCCAUUCCUUCAACUACUAAAGCCAAUGAUCACAACAGUUUGAACGAUGUUCUUGACUUGUAUUGUGGCUCAAUGUGCCUCUGGGAAGAUAUGGACGACAGCUACCCCUAUCAGGCACUCAAACCAGAUCCGGAAGUCGGGAGGGAGUGUGUGGUGUGCAUGACACGCGAGGCCACCCUUACCCUGCUGUGCGGCCAUAACUGCUUGUGCCACAAGUGCGGCCAUAAAGUCAUCCAGGAGUUUGGCACAUGUCCACUGUGUCGGCAGAAGAUCUGAGUCACACCUCUCGAUCUCAAUCUCAGGAUGUGGUCAACCCGCCCAACUCGCACGAGCCUUCGCUGGUCGUGAGCUGCUCAUUGGCUCUGCCCAAGAGGGCGCUUUGGAAAAGGGUCCUCCGAGGACAUUUCUCUUGGUUACUUCUGCAAGGUUUAUCCAUCACUUCUGAGCAGUUGUUCCUGCUGUUAAUGGUCUUUAACCGGAAAAAAAACACUAUCAGAUUAUGUGCAGAUCAAGAAUGGAUAAAGUGACUUAUUGCUUUACUGAUUUUAGAGAACCUGGACGUGCUGUUUAAUUAGAUAUUAAUAUUGUCAAUAUUAAUUAGAUGUUAAUAUUUCCUCUUCCCUGGAGCUGCCAGGGAAGAGGAAGGCCAAAGAGGAGGUUUAUGGAUGUGGUGAGGGAGGACAUGCAGGUGGCUGGUGUGACAGAGGAAGAUGCAGAGGACAGGAGGAGAUGGAAACGGAUGAUCCGCUGUGGCGCCCCCUAACGGGAGCAGCCGAAAGUAGUAGUAGUAGAUUGUCAAGCAUGUAAUACGACAUGAAAUACCUUGACAUACAGCCAAAAAAAGUCAAAGGUAGUCAAUCUACCAUGCAACUAAAAUAUGACAUCAAAAAAUCCUGGACAAUGUGAUGUGACAAGAGAAUGUAUCAAAUGCUGCACAUUUUUGUGUAUAUACUGUAUAUAUAUAUAUAUAUAAACUGUGAGAGUGUGUAUAUGUUAUUUUAAUUAAUCGUGUAGAUUUUUUAAAAAGUUCCACAUGAUUUUGUUUAAUAAAAUCACAAUGUUGUUAUCAUUGUUUUG